AUGGUUAAACUGCAACUGUCGACGACUUCAAUGUGUAACCAGCCUAACAAGGCUGGGGCGUUGUAUGGAAAUCCACUAGAGAAUUCGCAGGCGAUACAAGAUGAUCUUCAAGUCAUACAUAAAUGGACUUGUGACUGGUUAAUGCCGUUAAACAACAGCAAAUGUUUUGUCCUCCAGUUGGGGAAAAAUAAUCCAAAUACAAAUUAUAUAAUUGAAAACCAUUCCUUGAAGACGGUUCAUGAAAUAAACGACCUGGGUGUCUUAAUUGACAAAGAACUCAAAAUUUUUACUAACCCAAACGGGGACCUAAUGAAAAAACUCUUUGUUUCGUAUGUUCGGCCCAUUAUGGAAUAUGCCAGUGUGAUAUGGUCACCAUAUUUUAUUAAGGAUAAACAGUUAUUAGAAAAAGUUCAGAGACGCUACACCAAAACUGUGGAAAACUUAAAAUCAAUAUUGCGUUAUCUACCAUCCACCCGAACACUUCUUAACGAAGGAAUAGUAGUAACUGAAAAAGCUGCUAUAAUGUGUUCCCUCUGA